AUGAUCUUGGAUCGACGUCAAGCGAUUGUUACAAGUUCCAUUUUUCUGCCGCCUUUCGCGAAAGGUGUCCUCGGGAAUCUAGCCAUCAGCAACUGCUCAGAUCUGAUAUGCAACUAUACACCAGUUUCAUUUCGUGAAGAUAUCAAAUUAGAAGAUCUCUUCUUAUACCGUGGAAACACUAUUCCUCUCGAUGAUGUUGCUCAGGUGGUUGACCCAGAGCCAGAUUUAUUGAUGGAAGGAACCUAUGAUGAUCCUUUAGCACUGAAGUACUUUGAGUGUCUAGAAAAAGUGCUCUGCGCUUUUCCUGUCAGACCAUCGACGGGUCACAUCGCCACCUCCAAUCAACAGGAAGCUGGUAAAUGGGGGCAGACAGUCUCUGUUUGGCCGCUUGGUUCCAGCUGGGCCUACGUUUGGCCAGAAGACAAUGAAAUAUUCUUUCCCACCAAAUGCAAGGAUCAAUGCGAUGACUCUGAGCUUGCACUGAAUCAACGUCUACCUGAUGCAUUGCAUCGAAAUCGUGAAGUGCUGUUCACUAGCUGGUUUGAUGACCAACAGGCAGUUUCUUUGCCGAAGAAUUUCAAAUCUUUAAGGUCCGCAUUCCUCAUCAUUCCAUCAAGAUUCGAUGCACAAUUGAAAGUUGAGCUACAGAAACGAAAUUAUGGACUGAGUUAA